GGCAACCGCUUGAGUUAACACACAUAAUGGAAGAGAUCAUGUCUACUAAGAAAUCAUUUUUGCAGAAAAUGUGUGAAGAGUUUGAGGCCGAACAUCACAGCGGUCCCAGCCCUGCGUGGACAGAGGCCAGCUCUGUGAGCACCCAGCUCUCCCGGCACAGCGUACUUGUGGAUGAUGAUCUUCUCAGAGACUUUGAGCCCGAUGUUUGCUGUGCUCUCCCUGGAUACUCUGCAUUAGAAGGACCUCAUCCUUCACGGCAGAAUCGCCCCCCAACUGCUGAAACUACACUUUUCCCCCAAGUCCCUGAAAAUCCUGUCACGCGUUUCUUGGAGAAGAAAGUGUUUCCAGUGUUGGUACCUGGACUGGAGGCUUUGCUAAGAGAAGCCCAGAAAAAUGGCUGCUUUAAGAGGAAAAUAACAUCGUUUAACCCAUGUGACUUUCUGACUGAGUGGCUCUACAACCAUAACCCUCGCAGGAGUGGACAGGAACCAGUGAGCUUUCAUGACAUCCCCUUUGUCAAGGACUGGCUUGGGAUGCAUCCCAGGCCUCCCACUCCUCUGUUUCUGCGGCUCACUGAGUGCGAGGCUGCUCUGCUCAUCCAGGCUUUCUGGAGAGGAUACAAGAUCAGGGCACAGCCAGAUGUUCAGGAGAUGCGCCAGUGGCAGAAAAAACUGAGAGAGACCCGUGACAUUGGCAAAACUGUCAAGCAGUUCUGGGCGAAACAAGAGAGACGAGUGGGUUCAGCUAUGACAGAUCUUCCAGAAAGCCCCCAGCCUGGAAACAAUGUGUCCAUCCAGGUGGUUUCCCCCACUCCCCAGAGCACCGCGGUCCACACACCCACCACCCAUAUGAGCCCACAGCCUGGUGAGUGGCUCACACCCAGCCUGCACGUCAAGGAAGAAGUAGCCUCUACAUCUCUGACUAAUUUCCUGUCUGUGUCCAACAAACUGAUCGCAGGGUCUCCAUCGCUACUAGGAACUCACAACCUGAGCUACCCUGGUGGGACUUGGUAACUGGAAUCAUUAGCCUUGUGUAAAAGCUUUUUUUCUGCUGUUUAAAGACUAUUAAACUCUGUUAGGCUGAUGUCAAAUUGACCUAAAGUGAUCAGUCAAACAAGCCCUGUUUAAAGAAAAAAAAGAAAAGAAUAAAAAAGAUGCCUGUAACCAAUUUGAUAUGGCCAGGCCAGGAUUUAUGGUCUGAGAUCCGUGUCUAAUUAGUUUAUUGCUUUCAUUGCCUUUUUGAUGGAUCACUUCCCUUCACGAGUCUCACCCAGCCAAUGAACACCAUAUAGCACGGUUCACAUAUUAUACUGUCAGGAGUGAAACCUCUUGUAACGGGUGUCAUAAUUUCUCUCUCCGCACCUCUGGAUGACAGCUCAGUGGAAGAUAACCAUAUUUCCUUGAUCUGUCUUUUCCUCUUUCCUUAGCAAUAGACAUCACUCCACAAAAGAGGUCAUAGCAUUUCCAUUCAAGCCAGAAAUUGAGGCCAGAGUCAAAGGUGGCUCGGCACACGGCGCACCGCUUUAUAUCCUGUUUAUCAGGAAAGGAAAUGACAUGUCAGAGAAGCUGAGAAUAAAAGAGAAUUGGAAAAACAUCACUUAGAUCACUGGUUUGUAUUUGGCAACUAUCGGACUAUCUAUUUUAUUACAUUAAAGGGUUAAAGUAAGUUUGCCCUGUAUAACAAUACAUAUGGGAAUAUGUGUAUAUAUAUAUAUAUAUAUAUAUAUAUAAGUAUAGGUAUAUAAUAACACAGCUGAGGAGAUUAAAAAAUAAAACCCUGUUAAUCAGUAAGUCACUUAACAUUUCUGCCACAGAAACAUGGGAUGGCUUGGCUACUCAUUACACACACGACACGAAAUAACGCCAUAAAAGUAGAUGUACGAGGUGUAUUUAACUUUUGUUUAUUCUUACUUAAUAGGAGUAUUUUCCUACUGCUGUUUUGGUCUUUUGCCUAAUGUGUCGAAUAGGCGCACAUUUUGCAUCAUCCCCGCUGAGUCUGCCACCUUCAGCUGUUUGUUUUUCUAACUGUUGGCAUUCAAACAUUUAUCUUGAAUCAGGCUUGGAAAUCAUGAAAUUUGAUUUGCAAAAAUUAAAAGUCUGCUGCUCAAGUGACUCUGCAGUUCUUCUUCAUGUAAGACUGUCCAGGUUAUAGCUGUUUUCUCUUGACUGUGGGUGUCAAUUAAAGUGAAAGAAUAAAGUGCACUCCUGGCAUUUUUCCAUCUCGCCACAAACCCAGCGUACCUGAGAGGGUACUGAUGGUUGAUCUUCUGUUUCAUGAUGAACUGCUCCUUGACCAAGUGAAGCAUACCACCUCAGAGUGAGGCAUGGGGAGGGUCAUGUAUCUCCCUUUGCAGGUAUGUGGUUGCCUGGAAGACAGCUGCCACUGGGUGAGGAGAUAAAACGGCCCAUUUAAUUCUGGGGACAUCUGAUAGAGGAGCCAGCUCCACAAAGUCUGGCAGAACUGUGCCCGACUGAAACCCGAUCACACAGCAGCAGAAGGUAGUGUCGGCAUCAAGCUGUCAGAGCAUAGACAGAUAACAACUGGUUCUGGGUUGUGAUUCCAGGCUGAUGUGUUAGUUAAA